CGACGGUCGCUGGGAGAUGAAGCGAAUGUCAAGCUGUCAGCCAUCCUGCUUCUACUUGGCAUCACCAUGCUUUGUGGGCUGGAUCAACGUCCAAGAACUCGGGCGGUCUCAUUCAUUGACUCCGCGCAACGUAAGCAAGGUGGACAUGGCGCAUUUUCUCUUCGCCUUCAGACCACGCUUUGCUAAAGAUGAGGAGUGGGUAAUCUAAUU